GUAGACGACAAGACGCAGAACGCCAUUCUGAUCGACCUCAUCUAUUCGGAGAGGCCCACAUCUCUCUUCAACUUCGGGCUGUCGCUGGACCCGCUGAUGCCCCUGUGGGGCCCGACGGACAUGAUGGAGGAGACGAGGAUGAUGGACCAGAUGAUCACCCUGGACGCCGUGCUCGUCGCCGAUUGCGUGACCCUUGGCAUGGCACGGGUCUGGACCCGUGGUCUUCUGCUGCUGCUGGGCCUGCUGGUGGAGGUAAUGAUCAUAGUUCUUGGGACGAUGCCAAGCGUCCUCGGCGUCAUGCUGACCAUGGCCAUACUCCUGCUGAUCUGCCUGCGAUUCCUGUCUUUCCUUUCAACUCUGAUGCGAAGGAGUUGCUGCUACUUGCGGGUCCUGAUGGUGCCGACCUACCCUGUGCUGGGCGACCUAGUUAUGAUCCUCUUCUCGCCCCUGGUCGUGCACCAGAUUGUUCUCAUGGAAAAGUUGAGGAAGUUUUACCUAGCGAGAUCAAGGGGCCUCCAGCACCCCUUCCUGCCGAAGGAUCUGCUGGUGCUCCAGGCAUUGCUCCAGUUCCUGCUGCUCCUGCCAUUCAGCCUACAGUUGCCGAGUUUUGUCGAGGGCAAGGUUGGGACUUGGCGCUUUAUCAUGAUGCUGACAGUCCCCUACCUGCUGUUCCGCGGCUCAGACCUCGGACCCCUCUUCGUCGUGCCGCUGAUGGGCUCCACCGGCCUGUUCGUCGCCGACUGCGGCUGCGUGGAUCCUGACAAGCUCGCCGGCACUUCAUGGCCGUCAUGGGCGCUGGCUCCCUGGACGCGCUGGGUAGCCUUUCGGGGCAUUGGGCCUGUCGUGGACCUUGCCCCGGCAGGAGUGUGGAUCAAGCGGGAGGGCUCGUUCCCGAGGAGGGCAGGCGCCUGCGGCACGCCGCGGCUCAUGACGAUGGCCACGACGCACGCUGGGCGCUGGCCGAUGUCCGCCGCGCCCUUCGGCCGUGCCGAGGGCAGCGGCUACGAGGUGGAGUGCUUCGGGGCCGGCGACCCGUGUCUGAGCUGGUGGAUCAAUUAUCACCAGGGCUGCGGUUUCAACAUGGUCACGCUCGUGAUUUUGCUCGUUUGUCCGGGGCCUGCAUCGCGACCCACCUCUCUCGCCCCAGCGGGCGCCCAGAUGACGCACGCGCGGGGUUCCGAGAUCCCAUCGGGCGACGAGGGACUGCGGCGCGCUUGGCGAGUCACGCCAGCCCCGCUGCUCGCGCCGGCGGAGGCCUCGCCCGGCGCAGAGAGGCUCGCGGCCCGCACGGGGCCAGCGGGGGGCCCUGUCGUGAGCCAUGACGACGCGACCCCCGAGGAGGAUCCAAGGGCCUUCAAGGAGUUGGGUCGCAAGCUGAGUCUCAUCGAGCGCGGGCAUAGAGGCGAGCCGAAGUCUGGAUCGGGAGCUGCAAACCAGAAGGGGUCCGAAGAUCUUCGCUCCCACCUGGACGGAGCCCGAGGGCCUUCGUCGUCGGAGCACGCGGCCCUCGAGACGCUGACCUCCGACCUUGAGAAGUGCAAAGGCGACGGGGGCGGCCUCGGUCACAGCGACGACGAGGAGAGCGACGAGGAGCGCUGCCCAGAGCUUCGAUCCAUGGCCAGGGCAGCAGACCUCACGGUCGGCGGCGAGCCCGUCGCGAGACCAGACUACCUGCAUUGCCGCCUGAAGGCCCUGCGGAAGACCGUCGAAGGCGGCCGCGCUAGCACGACGGAGCGGCCCACGCUAAUCCCCUUCAACUACGGCGGGCCCAGCUCGUCGGUGGAGGAGGAGCUCGCGGCGGACACCGAGGCAGCCGAGGCGCGCGCGGCGCAGCUGCGGGGCCGCUUGCGCGCGGGAGGCUCGGCGACCUGGGCCCGCCAGGCCGCCGGCCGGAGCGGCGGCAUCGGCUCUGCGGGCAACCCUGCAGCCCCGCGCCGCGGCGGGGGCCCGGACACGGGAGCCGGAGCGGCCCCCGAGAGCGGGGCUGCGGAGGACGCGGCAACGCCACGCGACCAGCCGGGGGAGAGCAGGAAGCCGAUCGAGCAGACGAUCGCCGAGAGCGCCCAUCAGGGCCGCCCGCCGGCGAAGAACGCGGCGCGCGCUGGGGGCCUGCAUGGCCAGGCGGACCGCCCAGGGCCGGCGGCACUCUCGAUGCUCGAGCUGGGCCCGGGCCCGAUGAUCAGCGCGCACGAGGGCCCCCUCAGGGUCGGAGAGUUCAUGAAGAGGAUUACCCGGGCGGUCGCGGCGGCGGCGCGGACAUUCGCUAGAGCCACCUGGCUCAAUUAUUUAUACUUGGGCCAGCUUAGCCGCGACAGGCGGGAGACGGCAGGGAUGCCCCACUGGCCGUCGGAGCUGCAGAAGACCCGGGGCUGCUGCAACAUGGGCGAGGAUUGCCGCGCGCUGCCGCGGAAUCAUGGGGAGUUCGAGUUCGGGUUGCCCGAGGCAGCCAACGUGGGCAGGCUGUUCGACGAUUUGAGUGAGACGGCAGUGGCGCUGGUGGACGCGGGGUCAACAAUAGCGGACGUCAGCGGCACCCAUGCCAAUGGCACGGGGGCGGACGGAGCGAAGGGAAACGAGUUCACCUCCUGCGUGGUGGCCUGGCCGUUAUUUGGCCUCAGGGUCGGCGAGAAGGCAUCGGAACGCGGCCUGCCUCGCGUCGCGCAGCCCUCAGAGGUCAAGGAUCUGCUGGGCGAGGCCGCCGAGUUCCCGCGGAAGUCCGUGCGA